AUGUCGAAGAACAAGAUUUCUCGUAUACUCUUGUCUGCGAAGGAUAAAAAGGGAGAAAGUUCACUUGUUGCAGAGCCCGCCAAAGAAGUGCGGCGCAAUGUCUCUGUUGCUUGUACUGAGUGCCAGAAAAAGAAAAUCGUCUUCCCCAGGUUACAGUACCCAAGUCAACUAGAAGGGCUGACUUUGGGGAUUGGUACUGCCGUCUUUGGUGCUCCCAUGAGAGGUCGGAGUACUCAGGUGGGCGAUCCUCGGACGAGAGACAUUGCACACGCCAUACGUUCAUCCUCGUCUCAUUUCUCCGAAAUUUCGGAGCACGUAAACCAGGUUUUGAUACCGCUUUGCUAUGGAGAUAUAUGA